AUGACACCUAUUCUGGAGGUGGAGUUGUUUGAUGUGUGGGGAAUCGACUUCAUGGGCCCAUUUGUGAGCUCCUAUGGGCAGAAGUACAUAUUAGUUGUAGUGGACUAUGUAUCCAAAUGGGUUGAGGCAGUUACGUUGCUUGAGAAUGAUGGCAAGAGUGUUGCUGGUUUUCUGAAGAAGAAUAUCUUCUCAAGGUUCGGCACACCCAGAGUUAUUAUCAGUGAUGGCGCGUCGCAUUACUGCAAUAAGACCAGUGGCCAAGUGGAGGUCUCCAACAGAGAAAUUAAAGCAAUUCUGGCUAAAACGAUGGAUCCCAACAGGACAGAUUGGGCACAGAAGUUAGAUGAUGCUCUAUGGGCAUAUCACACAGCUUUCAAGAUGUUUAUUGGUAUGUCUCCAUAUAAGUUGGUGUUUGGAAAGGCAUUUCAUUUGCCGGUUGAGCUUGAGCAUAAAGCACUUUGGGCAUUGAAGGAGCUGAACCUUAGUUGGAGCGAAACUGCAAGCUUGAGAUUGGAUCAGAUUAAUGAGAUGGAUGAGUUCCAUCUGAGAGCUUAUGAGAGGCCUGCACUGUAUAAGGAGAGGAUGAAGCUAUAUCAUGACAAGCAUAUUGAGAAAAGAAGCUUCACUCCUGGUGAGUUGGUAACACAGGUGUUUCAGUCUGGUGCUAUUGAGCUGGAAAAUGAUAAGGGCGAGAUGUUCAAGGCCAAUGGUCAGCGAAUCAAGGCAUACUUGGGUGUUCCUGAGGAUGUGAAGAUUGUGGAGGAAUCUAUCAGGUACUAUGGCUCCCCGGAGAAAGAACACAACCAAACCUACCCCCCCCCACUACUUCUCAAUCAGAGUGUCAUGAUGGAUCCGAGUGACACUUAUCCCCAAUCUGAAGAGGGAGGAAGUCGUUCCGAUAGCAAUGAAGAAUCGGGUGGUGAAUCUAAUGUUGGUUCAGAUAGCCAGUCUUCUGAUAAUUUGGGGGGCAGUGCAGAGUCUGAAAGUGGCUCUCAGGAAGAUGCAAACACCUCUCCACCUGCAGUAAAUACAGAAGCUGAAACUAGAGUAUGA